CUGCUGCUGCUGCUGCUGCUGCCGCCGCCGCCGCCCGCCCGCGGCGCCCCGGCCCGGCCCGAAGCGCAGGGGCAGGCCUCGGAGCUGGUGGUGCCCACGCGGUUGCCCGGCAGCGCGGGCGAGCUCGCGCUCCACCUGUCCGCCUUCGGCAAGGGCUUCGUGCUGCGCCUGGCGCCCGACGACAGCUUCCUGGCGCCCGAGCUCAAGAUCCAGCGCCUCGGGGGCCCGGAGGCCGGGGGCGAGCGGGGGCCGCGCGGCUGCUUCUACUCGGGCACCGUGAACGGGGAGCCCGAGUCGCUGGCGGCUGUCAGCCUGUGCCGCGGGCUGAGCGGCUCCUUCCUGCUGGACGGCGAGGAGUUCACCGUCCAGCCGCAGGGCGCGGGGGGCUCCCUGGCGCAGCCGCACCGCGUGCAGCGCUGGGGCCCCGGCACGAACGGCGGGGCCGCCGAAGCCCGGCCCCUCCCUCGAGGACCCGAGUGGGAGGUGCAGACAGGAGAGAGGAGGAGGCAGGAGAGGGGCGACGACCGGGGGGAGAAGGACGAGGAGGACGAGGAGGGGGAGAGCGAAGAAGAGGGGGCAGAAGGUGCCACGGAGCUGCCACCAGCCCUGGGGGCCACGAGUAGGACCAAGCGGUUUGUGUCCGAGGCUCGCUUCGUGGAAACGCUGCUGGUGGCCGACGCGUCCAUGGCUGCCUUCUAUGGAGCCGACCUGCAGAACCACAUGCUGAUGUUAAUGUCUGUGGCAGCGCGAAUCUACAAGCACCCCAGCAUCAGGAACUCCAUCAACCUGAUGGUGGUAAAGGUGCUGAUAGUGGAAGACGAAAAAUGGGGCCCAGAGGUGUCGGACAACGGCGGGCUCACGCUGCGCAACUUCUGCAACUGGCAGCGGCGCUUCAACCAGCCAAGCGACCGCCAUCCAGAGCAUUACGACACGGCCAUCCUGCUCACCAGACAGAACUUCUGCGGGAAGGAGGGCUUGUGCGACACCCUGGGCGUGGCAGACAUCGGCACCAUCUGCGACCCCAACAAGAGCUGCUCCGUGAUCGAGGAUGAGGGGCUGCAGGCGGCCCACACUCUGGCCCAUGAACUAGGGCACGUCCUCAGCAUGCCCCAUGACGACUCCAAGCCCUGCACGCGGCUCUUCGGGCCCAUGGGCAAGCACCACAUGAUGGCCCCACUCUUCGUCCACCUGAACAAGACGCUGCCCUGGUCUCCCUGCAGCGCCAUGUACCUCACGGAGCUCCUGGACGGCGGACACGGAGACUGCCUCCUCGACGCCCCCACCUCGGUCCUGCCCCUCCCCACAGACCUCCCGGGCCGCAGGGCCCUCUACGAGCUGGACCAACAGUGCAAGCAGAUCUUUGGGCCGGGUUUCCGCCACUGCCCCAACACCUCUGCACAGGACAUCUGCGCCCAGCUCUGGUGCCACACGGAUGGGGCCGAGCCCCUCUGCCACACCAAGAACGGCAGCCUGCCCUGGGCGGACGGCACGCCCUGUGGGCCUGGGCGCCUCUGCUCGGAAGGCAGCUGUCUGCCUGAGGAGGUCGUGGAGAGGCCCAAGGCCGUGGUAGAUGGAGGCUGGGCCCCGUGGGGACCCUGGGGAGAAUGUUCUCGGACCUGCGGAGGAGGAGUACAGUUUUCACACCGUGAAUGCAAGGACCCUGAGCCUCAGAACGGAGGAAGAUACUGCCUGGGUCGGAGAGCCAAGUACCAGUCAUGCCACACGGAGGAAUGCCCCCCUGAUGGGAAGAGCUUCAGGGAGCAGCAGUGUGAGAAGUACAAUGCCUACAACUUCACUGACAUGGACGGGAAUCUCCUGCAGUGGGUCCCCAAGUACGCAGGGGUGUCCCCCCGGGACCGCUGCAAGUUGUUCUGCCGAGCCCGGGGCAGGAGUGAGUUCAAAGUGUUUGAGGCCAAGGUGAUCGACGGUACCCUGUGUGGCCCGGAGACUCUGGCCAUCUGCGUCCGCGGCCAGUGUGUCAAGGCUGGCUGUGACCACGUGGUGGACUCGCCCAGGAAGCUGGACAAGUGCGGGGUGUGUGGGGGCAAAGGCAACUCCUGCAGGAAGGUCUCCGGUUCCCUCAGCCCCUCCAGUUAUGGCUACAAUGACAUCGUCACCAUCCCAGCUGGUGCCACUAACAUCGACGUGAAACAGCGGAGCCACCCCGGGGUGCAGAACGAUGGCAACUACCUAGCCGUGAAGACGGCCGACGGGCGGUACCUGCUCAACGGCAACCUGGCCAUCUCCGCCAUAGAGCAGGACAUCCUGGUGAAGGGGACCAUCCUGAAGUACAGCGGCUCCAUCGCCACCCUGGAGCGGCUGCAGAGCUUCCGGCCCCUACCCGAGCCUCUGACCGUGCAGCUCCUGACAGUGCCUGGUGAGGUCUUCCCCCCCAAAGUCAAAUACACUUUCUUCGUUCCUAACGACGUGGACUUCAACGUGCAGAACAGCAAAGAGAGAGCAACCACCAACGUCAUCCAGCCGCUGCUGCACGCGCAGUGGGUGCUGGGGGACUGGUCUGAGUGCUCGGGCACCUGCGGAGCCGGCUGGCAGCGGCGAACUGUGGAAUGCAGGGACCCCUCCGGCCAGGCCUCCGCCGCCUGCAACAAAGCUCUGAAACCUGAGGAUGCCAAGCCCUGCGGAAGCCAGCUGUGCCCCCUGUGA